AUGGAAUUGAUUAAUGACCUAGUUGUUGAAGAAACUGAUAAUGGUAAUAGCGAACUGGAUGAACAAAUAAUUAAUUCUUUUAGCAUAGAUUCUUGGAAGGAGUGGAAAUUGAAGUCUGGUAAUAGAGUAAUUGAUAUUUUAAAAAAUGCAUCUAAUCUUAAUGGACAUAAAUUAAGGCAAGGAUCUUUAGAUACUAUGAAUAAAGAAUUGGAAACACUUAGACAAAGAGGUCCAGAAGCAUCACUUCAAGAUCCAAUGAAUAAAUUCUUUUGUGCCAUUUUAUCAGACUUGUAA